AUGAACGGGGAUCUCAGCCUGUCCCAGUCCCUGGGAGGGCUGCGGAUCGCAAACCCCGAUGAUUCGCCUCUGCAUGCUGAAGAUGCGCCCGAUGGUUACAUAGGAUCCAGCCCAUCCGGACCCCCGGAUGACUCGCUAUCAACACAUCCACAGAUUCCCAUGUCGAAUGACGACCGCCCAGCACCUUUCCCGGCAGCUCCCAUCGAAGCGCCGAUACAAAAUGAGAACCGUACCUCCGUCGUCAAUCUCAUGUCAGACGUCCCUCCAACAUCUUCGGCCCAGUACCAGUCCUACUCGACACAACCACACUCCACGCCCCCAAAUCCGAACCGACCCCUUUCCUCCGUGUACACAAACGGCUCGGCCACCUCCGUUCUGCCCCGCGACAACUCAUAUCGUAUGAGAACCGACUCGGGCGCUUCCUCUACCUCCACACAGCACUCGCGGAUAGAUACGCGCGGCGGAAACUCAGCCCUCCUAGCCGGUGUCCCCACGCGAGAUAAUUCACACAGCGACCGCUCGUACCGCACAACUCAAAUUCCGGCCAAUGGGCCGGCAGUGAUGCGUCAAACAUCACGAGCACACGCCAGAGCCGGAGUGGCGCCGCAGAUGUCUCGCACGCCCUAUGCGAUGGAGAAUGGACCGGCGGCCAGCAGCGAGGAGUGGCAGGAUCGCGGAGCCGCGGUCUCAGUGAGACAGGAGGUUGAUGCCAACGGGAAAACUGUGGCGCGUUUCGUCAAGAAGGGAGUCCGGGAUUUCUCAUUUGGAAAUACUCUUGGAGAGGGUUCCUACAGUACAGUGGUCUUUGCGACGGACCGACAAACUUUGAAGGAAUACGCGAUCAAAAUUCUGGAUAAACGACACAUCAUUAAGGAGAAGAAGGUCAAAUACGUUAAUAUCGAGAAGGACACCUUGAAUCGACUCACUGACCACCCCGGCAUCGUUCGACUCUACUACACUUUCCAGGAUGAGCGAUCACUUUACUUUGUUCUAGAUCUGUGCAAAGGAGGAGAACUGCUGGGCGUCCUGAAGCGGAUGACCACAUUUGACGAGGAGUGUACCAGAUUCUAUGGCGCCCAAAUCCUCGACUCAAUAGACUAUAUGCACAAGCGGGGAGUUAUUCAUCGAGAUCUGAAGCCGGAAAAUGUUCUCCUCGACCAUCAGUCGUACAUCAAAAUCACCGAUUUCGGUACAGCCAAGAUUCUCAAGACCACUCCGCGACGACCGGAUGAGAGCUCAAGUUCCAUUCCGACUGAUGUGGCCGACCUUCCGGAAGAGGAACGAGCGAGCUCUUUUGUCGGCACCGCGGAAUAUGUCAGUCCCGAGUUGUUGACGGAAAAGAAUGCUUGCAAGGCUAGUGAUCUGUGGGCAUUCGGCUGCAUCAUCUACCAGCUCUUGGCGGGCCGCCCGCCUUUCAAAGCGGGCAACGAAUACCAAACCUUCCAAAAGAUCGUGGCCUUGGAUUACGAAUUUCCGAUUGGAUUCCCUCCCGUGGCCCGAGAUCUUGUUGAGCGCCUCCUGGUUCUUGAGCCCACCCGACGCUUGCAAAUUGAGCACAUCAAAAAUCACGAAUUCUUCCAGGGCAUUUCAUGGGGCUCAGAACUGUGGAAACAGAAAGCUCCACGACUGAAAGCAUAUGUACCGCCCCCACGAGAGCCCAUCAAACUGAAUGGUGCUGAAGGCGGCGAUAAUUUUCCCCCGGCCAUCUCAACAGCUCCGUCCAAUGCUACACAAAGUUCUCGCGCACUGCCUCGGGUGGUCACAGAAUUACCUCCGCCAAGUCAACUUGAUAUCGAAUGGUCUCCUGUGCUCAGCAAAUCCAAUGAGCGCAUUCUAAAACUGGGAAACAUGGUAGUCAUAUCCUCUCCUGCUUCCCAUAGCCCGACCUCGAAGAACGGCAGUGGUGAGGUUGAGACACCCGGUAGACUCUCGCGAUUUUUCUCUGGGACAGCAACUAAAAAGCGAAAUCGGUUGGUUAUGGUCACUUCUUCGGGUCGCAUUAUCCUUGCUGCGUCUGGCGGUGAUGAGAAGAAAUCAAAGCUUGAGAUUCCUCUUCUCGCAGCCGGAACACACUAUAGAAGCACAACUGAUGCCAAGGGGCAUUCCUCCUGGGUGGUCGAUACGAGAGAGAAACAUUUCGUCUUUGAAGAUUCGAAACCAUCCUCAAGCAACAUCGCGUCUACUGCACUCUCGGCGCAGGAAUGGCUAGAUGCCCUCGACCGAGCACGGGAAAUGGCUUUAGCACAACAAAGCGCCGGUCCUUAUUCUGCCGAGGAUGCCUUCCGUGAUAUCUCUUCUGGUUUCUCAAGCCAUGCCAACACUCUCGAUCGCACCUCCGACCUACAGCAGAAUGAGAACACAAACCAGAACCACGGUAAUUCCUCAGGACGCAAUCACUUAGUGAAAAACCAGGCCACCGAUUCCGAGUCGACUAAAGGGAAGAAGCGUUUCAGCAGGCGCCAUUCAAAGAACGGCCUCGCCGCCGUGUUCUAA